AUGUCAAAAGACGUCAGUAUUCACACUGCCGCCUAUGAAGGUCAAUUUCAUGUCGUCCAGCAGAUGGUGAAGUCUGAACCUAAAGCUGUGUACACAAAGGACGAGGACGAAAGAACUGCGUUGCAUUGGGCCGUUUCCGGUGGUCAUUUGGACAUUGUCGAAUUUUUAUUGAAUCAUGGUGCCGACGCGAACGCGAAGGAUGAAUCAGAUUGGACACCUUUACAUAUUGCUGCAUCAACGGGGAAUUUUGAGAUCACGGAAAAGCUUUUGCAAGCCGGUGUGGAAACCAAUGUUCAGAAUGAUAACGGCCUUACACCUUUGCACUACGCAGCUUCUAGGAAUAAAAUUGAGAUCGGAAAAUUAUUAUUAGAGAGAGAAGCAAAUAUUCAUAAUAUAGAUAAUAAUAUGCAAUCGCCUCUUCAUCGAUGCGCGGUUCACGGUUACACCGUCUUCGCAAAGUUAUUGUUAGAAAAGGGUAUCAAUCCUAAUGGGAAGGACAGGGUUAAAAAUACUCCGUUGCAUUUGGCAUGCGAGGAAGGACAUGGUGACUGUGCAUUGGUAAUAAUCGAGUACGGGGGGGAUGUGACCGUUGAAAAUAAUGAAAAGAAAACUCCUCUGGAUGUGUGCAGCAAACAGCUGAGAAAUUUUAUUUUGCAACAAACCUCAACCGGAUAA